CCCCCCGCCGGCGCAGCAGCCGUCGCUCAGCCGUGCCCGGCCCAGCGGCUUAGUCUUCCCUCGCCCGGGGCCUCGGCGGGGCAGCCCCUGCCCGCCCGCGAGACAUGAGGGGCCCGGCCCCUUGCUGAGGUUUCCUUAGUGUGAAGUAAAUGUGUUUAUGCCAGCCUGUAAACUGCUGAAACUAACCCUUACCAUGGCAUCUGCAGCUCUGCCAGUUACGUUUAAGGAGUUUUGCCCCCUGUACUAUCUCCUCAAUGCCAUUCCUACGAAGGUCCAAAAGGGAUUUCGCUCCAUUGUGGUGUACCUCACAGCACUUGAUACCAGUGGGGACUACAUUGCUGUGGGCAGUAGCAUUGGAAUGCUCUAUCUGUACUGCAGACAUUUAAACCAGAUGAAAAAAUACAAUUUUGAGGGGAAGACUGAAUCUAUUACUGCUGUAAAGUUGUUGAGCUGCUUUGAUGAUCUUGUUGCUGUUGGUACAGUUUCAGGCCGGGUUGCAAUUUUUCAACUUGUCUCUUUGUUACCUGGAAGAAACAAACAACUUCGGAGAUUUGAUGUGGCUGGUAUCCACAAAAGCAGCAUCACAGCCUUAGCUUGGAGUCCCAAUGGAAUGAAAUUAUUCUCUGGUGAUGACAAAGGGAAAAUUGUCUAUUCUGCUCUGGAUUUAGACCAGGGUAUUUGCAACUCCAGUCUGGUAUUGGAAGAGCCAUCUUCAGUUGUACAAUUGGAUUAUAACCAGAAAGUGCUGCUGGUCUCUACUUUACAGAGAACACUACUUUUUUACACAGAAGAAAAAUCUGUCAAGCAAGUUGGAACACAGCCCAGAAAAAACACUGGCAAAUUUGGAGCAUGUUUUAUACCUGGACUGUGUAAGCAAAGUGACCUGACGCUAUUUGCCUCAAGACCUGGGCUCCGCCUCUGGAAGUCUGAUGUCCAUGGAACUGUGCAGGCCACCUUUAUUCUAAAAGAUGUAUUUGCUGGAGGAAUAAAGCCCUUUGAACUGUAUCCUCGGCUGGAGUCAUCUGACAAAGGAAAUUACGGCUUCCCAGAGAAACACCUUGGGCUCAUUUCUUGCCUUUCCCAGGAAGGAUGGGUGCUGAGCUGGAAUGAAUAUAGUAUCUAUUUAUUUGACACAAUGAACCAGGCUAUGAUAGGUGGCUUGGAAGGAUCUGGUGAUAUUGUGUCUGUGUCGUGUACCAACAAUGAGAUUUUUCUCUUAAAGGGAGAUAGAGACAUAAUAAGAAUUUCAAGUAGACCUGAAGGACUUUUAUCAAUAGUUUCAGAUGCAAAUUCAAAAUUGCUGAGUCCCUUACCAGAUUUGAGUCCCAAAUUGCAGAGCCCACUAUCUGUGGUUGUAUCUGUAUUGCCUGGCCCUUCCGUGGAAACACACCAAAAAAUAAAAAUGGUUCCUUCUCCCAAAAUUAUUGAUGAUAAAAAUGACUCUUAUUCUGUAGUGAAAGAUGAUCUGGAAACAACAGUGGUAUUGGAGAAAAGUCUUGAUAGAGUGGGGGACUUAAGCAGUGAAACAAGAAAAAGAGGCUCUUCGGUAGUAAGUGAAUCAAGAAGCAGGAGCAGUUCAGUAAAUUCUGUGGACAGUGGCUCUAGUCUCCUGACAAGUGGAGACCAACCAUUGUCUGAAGUGCCUAGAGAGAGUCAACCUUCUUCACAACGGUUCAGCAUAAUUAGCUGUGAAGACUUUGACCAGGAACUUAUUGUAAAACCCAUCAACGUGAAAAAGAAGAAAAAGAAGAGACAAGAAAAUGUGACCAGGAAAAACCACAGCUCUCUGGAAGGUUUACCAAACUAUGAGCGUCAGUUUUCUGGUGAUAGUGUACAUUCUCUAAAUGCAGAUUCAUUGUCCAUGACUUCGAGCCUAAUGAGCUAUAGUAUAGAUCACUUGAGCACAGGUUCUCCUGAUCAGGAGAGUGAGUUCAGUGUGGAGUCGCAUGCUGUCUUGCAGGAGGAUAAUGGCUCGGAAUCAUUCAGUGUGCUUCAGUCUCCAUGCAUUAGUACAGCAACAGAUUCGGAAGAAAAUGGAGGUACAAUUGAAUUACUAAAACUUCCUAACCAGGACAAUGGAAUGAAUACACCAGCUGUUACAGCUACUCUGACAGCCAACCCUCUCUUAAGCCUCACUGAAGACGUAGAGGGUAGCGAAGAUACAGAAUGUAAUCCAAGCCUGCUUUCUGAAAAUACUGAAUGCCAUUAUAAAUUAUUACCCCAAGAGGAACAAAAGAAUUUUCCUGUGCUAUGUAAAGUAGAUGAAACUUUAGCUAGAAUAAGUCUGAAGGAUACUGAAAAUGCUUUUGAAGAAACUAAGAUCACAGACCAAGUGUCUUUAGGUUUUAAUACCACAUGUGUUGCUGAAAAAUCACUGCCACAGGAGGGAAGUGAUGAAGUUCACAGGGGAGAGCAGCAGCCACAUUGUUUAAUAAAUACUGCCUCAGAAAACCCUACAGAUCCCCAGCCUGACAUCUCUAGGGAAGAUGUGUGUUCACAAGAGACAGUUUCUGGAUGGGACUUGGAGGAUGCAAUCAAAGCUAAGUGUAGUGCUGCUGCUGCUGAAUGGGUAACCAACACCCACGAUACCAGGACUGAGAGAUCUGCAUCCAGUGAUGAAGAGGAUAUUUAUGGGCAUGGGCUACCAUAUUCAUCUUCAGAGACUAGUGUGACAGAAAUUGGGGGAAGUUUUACUUCCCAGGAUAUGACCAGAACAAGCCUAGAUGAAAUAAUGCUCUUAAAAUCAGAUCAGUUUGCAGAAAGCUGGAUGGGAUAUUCUGGCCCUGGCUAUGGGAUACUCAGCCUGGUUGUCUCAGAAAAGUAUAUUUGGUGCCUGGACUACAAAGGUAGUCUCUACUGUAGUGCUUUACCUAGUGCAGGUCUGCGGUGGCAAAAGUUUGAAGACGCUGUCCAGCAGGUGGCAGUCUCGCCUUCAGGGGCUCUUCUCUGGAAGAUUGAACAGAAAACUAACAAAGCAUUUGCCUGUGGAAAAGUAACCAUAAAAGGAAAGCGCCACUGGUAUGAGGCUUUACCUCAGACAGUAUUUGUAGCUUUAAGUGAUGACACUGCCUGGAUUAUCAGAACUAAUGGAGAUCUGUAUCUGCAAACAGGCCUGAGUGUGGAUCGUCCAUGUGCCAGAGCAGUAAAGGUUGAUUGUAUGUAUCCACUAUCUCAAGUUACAUCCAGAAACAAUGUAGUGUGGGCACUGACUGAGCAGCGGGCACUUCUCUAUCGAGAGGGAGUGAGCAGCUUCUGUCCUGAAGGAGAACAAUGGAAGUGUGAUCUUGUCAGUGAAAUGCAAGCUUUGGAACCAGUGUGCAUAACUCUUGGAGACCAACAGACAUUAUGGGCUUUGGACAUACAUGGAAAUCUAUGGUUCAGAACUGGUGUAGUUUCAAAGAAACCGCAAGGAGAUGAUGACCAUUGGUGGCAAGUAAGCAUUACCGAUUACGUCGUGUUUGACCAGUGCAGCCUCUUCCAGACAAUAAUCCAUGCAACACACACAGUGGCAACAGCAGCCCAGGCUCCAGUAGAGAAAGUGGCGGAGAAACUUCGAAUGGCAUUUUGGUCACAGCAGCUUCAAUGUCAGCCAAGCCUUCUUGGAGUCAACAGUAGUGGCGUCUGGAUCUCUUCAGGCAAAAAUGAGUUCCAUGUAGCAAAGGGAAGUCUAAUAGGAACAUAUUGGAAUAAUAUUGUGCCUCGAGGUACUGUUUCUGCCACAAAAUGGGCUUUUGUGUUAGCUUCCACAUCUCCAACUAAAGAAGGAAGCUUUCUGUGGCUAUGCCAAAACAAGAAGGAUCUGUUUUGUGUCAGUGAUCAGAAUCCCCAGUUCCAUCCUUCUUCAGUUCAGCUACCGCCUGAUGCUGAAAUGGUGUGUUAUUCAGCCUGCCAGGAUGCCAUAUGGGGUUUGAAUAAACAAGGACAGGUCUUUAUCAGAACACUUUCACCAAGUUGCCCAGCUGGGAUGCACUGGACAAAACUGGACCUUUCUCAGCUAGGUAUGGCUUUUUGUGUCUCUUCAUCAUUAGGAGCUAUAAAAUUGACCAGUUUGGCAUGUGGAAAUCAGCACAUCUGGGCGUGUGAUACUAGUGGCAGCGUUUACUUCCGUGUAGGAACUCAGCCUCUAAACCCAAGUUUGAUGCUUCCUGCGUGGAUAAUGAUUGAGCCACCUGUACAGCCAGUGGGAAUAAACUUGGUCAGUGUUCAUUCAAGUCCAAAUGAUCAGAUCCUAUGGGCAAUUGAUAGCAAAUGGAAUGUCCAUGUACGAAUAGGAAUUACAGAAGAAAUGCCAGUAGGCACUGACUGGGAACAUGUACCAGGGUUGCAGGCAUGUCAGCUGGCUAUAAGUACAAGAACUGUUUGGGCAUGCUGUCCAAAUGGAGAUGUAGCACGUCGGUAUGGCAUUACUGACAAAAACCCAGCAGGAGACUACUGGAAGAAGAUUCCAGGGAGUGUGUCUUGUUUAACAGUGACACCUCUAGAUGAACUGUGGGCGAUUGGUUCUUCAGGAUACCUUCUUCAGCGUCUCACGAAAACAUUCAGUCACUCUCAUAGCUUGCAAAAAAGUAGUGACACUUCUGUUUUGCUUCAUCCCGAUGAUUUUGAAGAUGAAUGGGAAGUGAUAUGAAGGCACUCAAGCAUGAGAGGCAGUGGAAUAAUGAGAGAGCAAUGCUCGUAUUUCCAGUAACAUGCAUAGAAAAUGUUGGGGUUUAAAGCCACUUGUAUUUAAAAUGCAAUAUUAGCACUUUUUUAACUAAAAAAAUGACCUUUCAAAUAACCCCCAAACUGUGCAUUCAUAUGUUUUUUCCAGUAUUUCUUGGGAGACAGUAAGUGUGUCAUACUGAAAUUGUUCAAUUGUAUUACCCUAGCACCUCGUUUGGAAAUAUAACUCUGUUAACCUUAUUAGCAAUGAAAGUGAAUAUUUUACAACAGCAUGCACACUAAUAUAUAUGUACUUCUUCUUCUUUUGAGAAGGCUUUCUGUUGCAUUAAAUAUUUCUCAAUAGCAGAAACAUUAAAUAUUUCUCAAUUUCUUCCUGUACUUGAAACUCUAGUUAGAGAAAUGCCGUCUGUCUGUCGUGUCGUACCAAUUUAAGAUGAUCCCAAUAGGGACUGAAAACAUAUUCUACAGCACGGGUGUCAAAAUGAAUAUUGUUUGGACCAUUUUCAUUUCAAAAUCACCAAUGCUUCACUGACCUCCCAUCUCUGGACAUUUGGGUUUGAUAACUGGUUUCAUUCACAGAUGAGAAGUUUGAAAUUACCGUAAUCUCAGGUGGAUUUGUCCACCUCACAUACCAUCAAGAAACUGACUGAUUGCUCCAUGAGGCCCAGGGCUGGAAUAGCAGCAAAGUUUCUGGUAUAUUGGCAGGAUUGUGUGAGGCAGCUUUCUUGGUACCUGGUGCACUGUAUUUGUGCCUGUAGCCAGUGCUUUAUGGACUGGACUCAUUUUUUUUUAAAGUACCAAAUUCAGCCAGUUUAAAAAAUAUGGCAAUUGAUAGAAUUAAUUAUUUAUAUAUAUAAAAAUAAUUCUAUCACCCAUAAAAAGUUUGUGAUAUUGUGGGGAGGUGCUUAACAAUAUUGUGAUUUUUAGCUACAUUAGCUAAAUUUUGAAGUGUCUUAACAAAUGUUGCAGCAGAGGUGUUUAAUGAACUGGGCACCAUGCUGAAUAAAUUAAUCAGUGCUGUUUAUUUUUCUUUAUGUUCUAAAUGUUCUCUAAAGGAUACCUCAUUUUUAAAGACUAGAAUUAUAGAUGAAAAGAACUUGAGUUCACUGAUGUAAGCGGAAGAAUAUUUUUUGUGUUCAUUCUAAACUCAUACAUCAUCAGAAUGUUUAAACAGCUGCUAACCAAUGCUGUAAAUGAGCCAGCUUCAGGAGGAGAUGAGGAAAAAGUGGAGAGAGAAUUCAGUAUGGAGAACCUAGGAGUCAAUGCAUAGAGAGACGUUUCCUUUUAACCUCUGCUCUUUCAAAAUAGCUCUUGUGCUUGGUUUGGAAUAGACACAGGUGAAAGGUUUAAAUGUAAAUCUGACUGUAGAGAGAGAACUAACUUGGUUCACUUUUUUUUUUAAAUAUAGCAUGUGUAUUAUUGACUUGGUUCUGUCUGAUUUUUAAAUCUGUGGUGAUUGGGGAGAGAUCAGGUUUGUUUCCCUUUGACAGCUGAUCUGUUUUGAUUUCUUUCUCAUCUGUAUAUGGAGACUGCCACAGAGUUUCUUUUUUAGUCUUCCUGGCACCACACUCUAAUGGAUUCAGCUUCUGAAGUUACCCAGUUUGUUUUAUACAAACAUGGCAGGGUGUUUGUUUUGAGAACCCCUUGGCAAGUGGAAAUUCAGUAUCUUGUGGCAGCUCCCAAGUCAGCCAGUUCAGAGGAGGGACAAGACAUCUUCCCCACUCCCUGUCAAGGACCCGAUGCUCAGAUACAACGGUGUUAUUUAAUACUGACGCUUUUUUUUAUUACACUUUUAAAAAGUCGUCUUGGUAAUGGCUUGAGCUUGCUGGCUGUUUGUACACCACAUAAUACUGUACUUUGCUUUGUUCAUUAAUAUUAAUUGGUGUUGAAAGCCCUUCUAAAUUGGUGGGACUUUUUUGUGUAAUUUGAUUAAACCUGAACCCAGGUAAUAAUUUGAAACACUUUUUUAACCUCCUUACUUUCCUUUAUUUCAGUACUUUUGAUUUUCUUUUAUUUUUGUUGUGCUUUGAGAGAGAGUGCAAUAAACUAGACUUUUUUCAAA